CCCACGUGAAAGCAGAGACGGAAACAGUCCUGGAAGUUCUCACAAGGCAACUGUCAACCUCCCUUCCAAGACGUUUGCCUCCUUCCCUCUGGAGGGCUGCAGACACCGGUUAGGCAGCAUUUACCCUGGGGGUCACCAGUUCCCAGAAGUCAGCAUGGCAGGCCUUUCCGUUCAAGCGCAUAGAAAGGAUGGCACCGCGUCCAAGGCAUCAGGUCUUACCAUCUACCCAGCACGGUCCAGCGUGAGUCACACUCCAGCCAUGGAGGGAGACCUAGUGGAGGUGGAGCCUCAAGAGGCGCAGGUCCAAUCUUCUCAGGAAAACGGGGCCUUGGAGAAAGUGGACACGAAAAGCUCUUCAUAUGUGAUGACGGUUGCAAACAGGCUAAUCAGGUUCUACAAUUUAAGAAAAAAAGGGGCCUCUACCAGGAAAGCAAAAAAACGACAAGAAAAUUUGGAUACGCCUUGCGGAUUGGGCUCUAUAAUUAUUCCCAGCUGGCAGCGCUUUAAUAAUGUCCACUGCUUCCUAGUUUUCUACUGCCUCUUGGUCAUCUCUCAAGAUAUGUGCGUAGAAAGAAAGAUUCCUUAUGUUUGCAAGAGAAACACAAUGUCAUCUCAAUCAAAAUAUGUGACUUACUUCAUCCUUGGGCAGAUUCUGCAGGGAAUAGCAGCAAUACCCAUUUAUAUCGCUGGAAUAAUUUUUCUUGAUGGAAGCGUCACAACACACUCAUCUGGUAUUUACUUAGGCUGUGUGGAAAGUUCACUAACGGUUGGUUAUGCUUUGGGUUACACAAUAGGCGCACCCCUAACUAAUACCUUAGAGAAUGACACUGUUGUGAAGAGCAGUGGAAACAACAGUAGUACUCAACACUGGCAUCAGUCUUGGUGGCUUAACUAUAUGAUUGUCUCAGUUACUUCAUGGUCUACAUUGAUACCAUUGUUGUGCUUUCCACCCAGUAUACGAGGUACAGCAAAGAUAAAAGCUGCCAAACUGAAAGAGCCUCAGCUUGACAUACUUAAAGAUCAGGAACUUGGAACUAGAUUCAAGGAUCUAUUUGCUGCUGUUUGGAUUCUGUUGAAAACUCCAAUCUUUUUGUUCCUAGCUCUGUGCAGAGCUUCAGAAUCUUUAGUUCUUAUUGCAGGUGCUGAAUUUUUGCCUAGAUAUAUUGAAAGUCAGUUUAUAUUAACACCUCAAGAGGCAACCACACUUACAGGAAUAAUUUUAAUUCCAGGAGGUGCAAUUGGCCGGUUUCUGGGAGGUGUCAUUGCUUCCAAGUUAGAAAUGUCUUGUAAAGCCCUUAUGAGAUUUAUAAUAAUUACAUCUGCUGUAACAAUUAUCUUGCUUAUUUUUUUAUUUUUUGUACACUGUAAUUCCAUACCAUUUGCUGGGAUCAAUGAAGAUUAUGCUGGUACAGGGCAGUUGGGGAACCUGACAGCUCCUUGCAAUUCUCAUUGUCAGUGUUCAUCUUCAGUUUAUAGUGCUAUAUGUGGAAGAGAUGAUAUUGGAUAUUUCUCUCCUUGCUAUGCAGGCUGUGCACAAUCUAAAACAAUAAAUGAUCAUGAGGUAUACUACAAUUGCUCUUGCAUUAAACAUGGAUUAAUAACACCAGAUGAGCAAGGUGAUUCUAUUGAUGCUAGAUCUGGGACAUGUGAUCCCAAAUGUUAUAAACUUCCUUUGUUCCUUGCUUUUGUGUUAUCUACAAUUGUAUUUUCUUGUUUUACUGGUAUACCAAGCAUCCUGACCAUCCUCAGGAUUGUAUCAGAAAAGCAUCGUGCUAUAGCCUUGGGUUUGAGCUAUGUGGUAGUGAGACUAUUUGGGAGUAUACCUGGACCAGCACUUUUUAAACUAGCAAGAGAAGAUUACUGUAUUUUUCGUGAUAUCGAUAACUGUGGAGUCACUGGAAAUUGUUGGCUGUAUAACAAGACAAAAAUGAUGUACUUAUUUGGAGGACUAUCAGGAUUGAGGAACAUUUGAAGAUCAGAAUAUAAAAACAAGAGUUUUCCCUUUUAAGAUUCUACAAGACCUCUUGCUGUACCUAACAUUCAGAUAAGAAAAAUCACCCAUGAUUUUACCUAAGAAGUAGAAAUGUAUCUACAGUAUUUUCCUAAUAAAAUAACUUCUUG